UGCGGAACCUAGAACUCUGCCUGGCUCAUCCCAGCCCUAGCAGCGAUGGUAGCAGCCUAUCAAAGUUGAUGUUGCCCGUGACCAGUAGUUUCACGUCACUACUCAAAGAACACAGCCCAAGGCUGUGAAUGGCGAGCGCGACGUGGAAAGUGUGCUCAGCAAGACUUGGAUUGCUCGCAAAGCUUCCAUUCAGCCAGCCGCGGCUAAAUCCCACAGUCAUCUACUACUUUGCCUUUCUGCUCUCGCCGUGAACGAAUCCGCUUCCGCCAGUCCAACUCUAAGUAGAGGGUAAAAUCCUCCGCCCUAACACAUCACACUCCUCCGGGGCAGGAUCAAAUGAGCCGGGCCCCCUUCUAGGCCACGCUGCGCCUCCGUGUUGGUGUCCCAUGUUGGUGUCUGGGAGUCUUGUGAGGAUGCUUUUGCCCUGGAGUGGCGCCAACAAGGCCAUCACGAGAAUAGACGGAUGCUGACUUCAAUUUGGGGGCACCCAUUCGGGAGGACACCACCAUUAUCAUAGCCCAUCACACGAUAGUCACUUGGGAAUGGGAGUUGCCUAGACCAUAGGCAACAAUGUGGCGGUGAUAGGAAGGUGGACUUGAGAAUGUAAACGAGCCCAGGCAAGUAUAAAAUGAACGUGUUGUCGACAACUUGUUCAUGUUUGGUAGACCGCAGAGCAACCAUCAUUCUAGUGUUUCUUGAGUACUCGGAGCUUCAUAGAAGACCCGUGAAACCUUCUCCGGCUGUCUUGUAAUAUUUUCUACGCUUCAAACAUGAGACUUUCUCUUCUAAUCAGUGCCUGGCUCGGUAUUGGGUCUGCGGUGGCCGCAGUCACCCCGCGCGACGUGUCCCGCAGUAUCCUUCUCAACCGCAGGAACAAAUGGAACCCAAAGACCGUCAUCUCGUUCCCAGACACGCCCGAGUUCAUAAACGCAACUGACCGGUGGUCCGCCUAUGCUGAGCCGACCUUUAUCGCUGGCAUCACGCCAGCUACCGAGGAUGACGUCGCCAGAGCUGUCCAACUUGCAACCGACAACAAGAUUGGAUUUCUGGCUCAAGGCGGACGCCACGGGAUCGCUUACUCGUUCAAGUCACUUAAGAACGGCUGGUCUAUCGAUCUGAGUCUGUUGAAGUCUGUCUCUGUUGAUAGGCGGGCUGCAACGGUGACCGUGGGAGCUGGUGUGAGGUUCGGCGAUAUUUACGACCCGCUUGACAAGGCCGGCUUCAUGAUACAAACUGGUUCCGGAUCUUGCCCUGGUAUGCUAGGUGCCGGACUCGGCGCAGGUGUUGGACGGUACCAAGGCAUGUUCGGUCUAGUCAUCGAUGCUCUCGUCUCUGCCCGGGUCGUCACUGCGAAUGGAAAGGUGGUUGAAGCCUCCGCGAAGAAGAACCCUGACCUGUUCUGGGCUCUUCGUGGUGCAGGCGCCAACUUCGGCAUUGUCACGUCGGCCACGUUCAAAGUUCAGAAAGUGCCUAACAACAACAAGAUCCUGAAUGUCGACUUUAUCAUCCCGGCCUCUGCCAACGGCUCCUACUUUGACAUCCUGCACACGCUGGAAAACAUGCCGCCAGAGCUUGCUACUAUCCAAUUUGUCAUGUACAACGCCACUGUCAACCAGCCCCAGAUCCUGGCAAACUGGGUCUACACAGGACCCGAAAAGAAGGGGCUCGAGCUCAUGGCCCCGGUGUUCGCGCUCAACCCGGUCCGAUGGGAGAAGAAAGUGGUGCCGUGGAAGUCUCUGGUCGGAACCGCCGGCUUUGGCGCCGACCAGGGGUGGUGCCAGCCCAGCCCCGUCCCGUGGACGCAGCUGUCGGCCAACACGAAGCGCCUCGACGCCCCCACGAUGCGCACCAUGUUCGAGAAGAUGACGGCCUUCUACCAGACGGCGCAGGCCACGGACCCCAGCACGCUGGGGACGACGGUCGAGCUCGAGAUCUUCAACAGCGACGCCAUGCGCGCCGUCCCCGCCGACGCCACCGCCUACGCCUGGCGCGACUCCAUCGCCUACAUGAUGUUCGAGCUGACCUGGUCCAACGGCCUGGGCGAGGCCGCCGCCAUCGCGCUCGCCCAGGACCUGCGCCGCGACUUCGUCGCCACCUCGGGGUACGACGACCUCGCCGUCUACGUCAACUAUGCCAGCGGGAACGAGACGCUCGAGCAGAGGUACGGCGCCAACAAGCUUAAGCGCCUCGCUGCGACCAAGAAGAAGUGGGACCCCAGCCAGGUCUUUGGAUACAGCAACCCGCUGCCCACCAAGUACCCUUGAUUCACUUGAUCCGUUAGUAGUAGGAAUGGUGUGUAAGUUAGUUCACAUACGACGAUCUCCAGAAGCAUUUUGGGGCACAUUUUCAUUUCUUUGGUACAUUUUGGAUUCACCGGAUUUAGACUUCAGAUAUGCGACUUGACGGAGCGGAGCAUGUCGUGGCUAGAACAGAUUGGAGUACACGUGUACUUUGUCACUCUCUGACUCUCCUAUUGUUU